UUUUUCAGUUCGUAGUCCCUCUCUUGGACCCCUCUUGGCUCCAGAAUCACAUUCCAGCUCCAGCUAAUUUGCUUGAGCUAACCCUCGGCCCGCCCGCCCGCUACGCACAGGUAUGGUGCUGGGCAGUGGCGGCGGGAGGGGGCCAGCGCGGCCGCUGCUUUCCGAGGCGGCGCUGCGGCGCCGGCGGCCGCCAGCGCGCAGCCGAGGCAGCUGCAGGGGCUGGCGGCGACCGACGCCCUCGACAUCGAAGAUCUCUACAGUCUGGAACGGGUGCCUGGGAACGCGUGCCGCGAAGCUGCACGACGACGAGAGAGUGCAUUCCAACGGCCAGGACGUUCAGCAGGAGGGUUUCGCGCAGGAGGGCUCCGAGGCUGCAGCCUGUGACGACUCGGCUGGCAUCGUGAGCGUGGUUCCGAUGGCUCUCACCGCGGCGAUGCCUCAGCGUGAGGCGUUGGCGCAAGCUCUGGUCAUGAAGACUUCGUUGAGCAUCAGCUUCGCUGUGGGCCAGCCGCGCGCCUACGACGACCAGCAGCGCGCUGGCGAGGACCAGCAGCACGCCUCCUCCGACAAGAAGCGCGCAUGCGGCGUUCCGCAGCGCGCCAGCAUGGACCAGCAGCACGCCUGCUAAGACCAGCAGCGCACUGGCGACGACGUGGAGAGCGCCUACGGCGACCUCGCAGCACGCCUGCGACGACCACCCGCGCGCCGGCGAGGACCAGCAGCACGUCUCCUACGACCAGGAGCGUGCGACCGGCGACCUGCAGCACGCCGACAGGGACUAGCAGCACGCCGGCAACGGCCAGCAGCACGACGGCGUUGACGAGAGCGCCUGCGGCGACUCGCAGCACGCCUGCGACGACCCGCAGCGCGCUGGCGACGACCAGCAGCACGUCGGCAGACUGGGAUCGCGCCUACAGCGCACAGCAUCACGCCUGCGACGGCCAGGAAAGCGCCAACGAGGCACACCAGCACGCGGGCAACAGCCGCGCCAAGACUGCGAGGGCGGACCCGUCUGAGGCCGCCCGCUGUGCGAUGUACAUCACCGUGCUCGCCG